AUGAAGUUCAAACCCUUGCUGUUCAAGGGUCAACUCCAAAAAAUAAACUUCGGGACAUGUGAUAAUUACAUCCCAGUCAGUGAAUUAAGUAAAAAAUCAUGGAAUCAGCAACAUUUUGCCCUGGUAUUUCCCAAACCACCACGGCCAGGAACAAGAAGGAGAUCAAAACCUUCCCAACUACAAGACAAAACAGUUCCUAGAUAUGAUGAAGACAAAUUAAGGGGAGCUCAUAAACCACCAUUAUGGAUGCACCAUUCUUUAAUGAGAAUUUCUGAGAGACCAUCUGUUUAUUUAGCUGCUAGGAGGCAGCCUCUACAGAAACCAGCUCGACACUCCAGGGAGGAUGCUAAAGAUGCAGCAAAACCUUUAUCUCCAUCAAUAAUUAAGAAAAGUAAGGAAGACAAGAAGGACAAAUCAGAUGCAGAAGCAGAGUCCACAGUUUCAGAGGAAAAACUUAGGAAAGGUUCAGAGAAAGAACCAGGAGCUAAAGAAGAGAAAGCAGAUGCAAAGAAAGAUGUCAAAAUAGAGAAAAAAGGUUCAGAGAAGGGCAAGGAGUCAGUUACAGAAUCUGAAGAUGAAAAAGCAGGUGCAAUAAAAGGUUCUGAAAAAUACAAGAUAGGUUCAAAGAAGGACAACGACUCAGCUACAGAAUCAGAAGGUGAAAAAGGAGAUGCAAAGCAAGACUCUGAAAAAAAUAAGAAAGGGUCAAAGAAGGGCAAGGAGUCUGAUACAGAAACAGAAGGUGAAAAGGGAGAUGCAAAGAAAGAUUCAAAGAAAGAUAAGAAAGGUUCAAAGAAGGGCAGGGAGUCUGCUACAGAAUUAGAAGGUGAAAAAGGAGAUGCAAAGAAAGAUUCCAAAAAAGAUAAGAAAGGUUCAAAGAAGGGCAAGGAGUCCAUUACAGAACCAGAAGGUGAAAAGAAAGAUGGAAAGAAGGAUAAGAAAGGGAGCAAGGAUUCAAAGAAACCUGGUGAGAAAGGAGAUGAAUCAAAGGACAAGAAAGAUUCAAAGAAGAAGGAGAGUAAAAAAGAUAAGAAAGAUGAAAAGCCCGGUGAGGCAGAUAGUGAGUCAAAAGAUGCUGCCAAGAAAGAAAAGAAAGAUGCCAAGAAGGAUGCAAAGAAAGAUGCCAAGAAGGGCAAGUAG